GCGGCUGGUGUGGGCGUUCACGUCAGGGCUGGGAGGAGGAGAGGGCUCGUGGCGAAAAGAGUGAGAGAGACAUGAGGCAACCCGGCAGGAAGCGAGAAAGAGUUCGGAGGAGGAGUGAGUUUUAGAGAGGCUGGGCGAGCAGGACCUGCGCCUGUGUGAGAGCGUGGCCGCCAGGGCUCCUCGCCUCCUCCGCGCGCCUCGCCGUGUCCGCUUUCAGCACCCAGAGUGGAGAACAGUUCCCGGCAGCCUGCAGCGCUGCCAAGGGGCCGCCGCGGGCCGAACUACCUGGAACCUUCGACCUGCCUCAGAGGCACCCCUUGAGAGCCCAGUGUGCACGCCGCCUUCUCCCCUCUUUUGGCGUGCAAGUAAACACGGGGGGAAAGCAUCCGGCGGCCUUAGGGAGCCCUGAAGAAGCCGAAGCAGAAUGUACCAGGGACACAUGCAGGUAGUAGGUGUAACCUUGAAGAAAAAGUGGCACUGUCUUCAAAAAAGUGACCUGACCCUGGCUUUGGGAAAAGGCUCUAGGGCGGCAGAUAAGGCUGUUGCCAUGGUGAUGAAGGAGAUACCGAGGGAGGAGUCUGCUGAAGAAAAGCCCCUCCUAACUAUGACAUCACAGCUGGUGAAUGAACAGCAAGAAAGCAGACCCCUCCUGAGCCCCUCCAUCGAUGACUUUCUCUGUGAAACCAAAUCGGAGGCAAUAGCAAGGCCAGUAACGUCCAACACAGCCGUAUUGACCACAGGCUUAGAUCUCCUUGACCUAAGUGAACCCAUCUCUCAAACCCAAACCAAAGCCAAGAAGUUGGAGACCUCAUCAAAAACCUCAUCCCUCAAGAAAAAGGCUGAUGGAUCUGACCUCAUCAGCGCAGAUGCUGAACAGAGAGCCCAGCCUCUCCGAGGCCCGGAGACGUCAUCCUUAGAUCUAGAUAUUCAAACGCAAUUGGAAAAAUGGGAUGAUGUUAAGUUUCAUGGAGAUAGAAAUGGCAAAGGACACCCAAUGGCGGAGAGAAAAUCAUGUUCUUCUAGAACUGGAUCAAAAGAACUAUUAUGGUCUUCAGAACACAGAUCUCAACCAGAACUGAGUGGUGGGAAAAGUGCUCUCAACUCUGAGUCAGCUUCAGAAUUGGAAUUAGUGCCUCCAACACAGGCUCGACUGACCAAAGAACAGCGCUGGGGAAGUGCAUUACUUUCCAGAAACCACUCCUUAGAAGAAGAAUUUGAAAGGGCAAAAGCAGCAGUGGAGUCAGACACAGAGUUUUGGGAUAAGAUGCAAGCAGAAUGGGAGGAAAUGGCCCGGAGGAACUGGAUAUCUGAGAACCAAGAAGCGCAGAACCAAGUUACAAUCUCAGCCAGUGAGAAGGGAUAUUACUUUCACACUGAAAACCCCUUCAAAGACUGGCCUGGAGCAUUUGAAGAAGGCUUAAAGAGGCUGAAGGAAGGGGACCUGCCAGUCACCAUCCUAUUCAUGGAGGCAGCAAUUCUUCAGGACCCGGGAGAUGCAGAGGCAUGGCAAUUCCUCGGAAUAACCCAGGCAGAGAAUGAAAAUGAACAAGCAGCUAUUGUCGCCCUCCAGAGGUGCUUAGAAUUACAGCCUAACAACUUGAAAGCAUUGAUGGCUUUGGCUGUGAGUUACACGAACACUGGCCAUCAGCAAGAUGCCUGUGAUGCUCUAAAGAACUGGAUUAAGCAAAACCCAAAGUACAAGUACCUUGUGAAGAGCAAGAAGGGAUCUCCAGGCCUCACCCGGCGGAUGUCUAAGUCUCCGGUUGACAGCUCUGUUCUGGAAGGAGUGAAAGAAUUAUAUCUGGAAGCUGCCCACCAAAAUGGAGAUAUGAUCGACCCAGACCUACAGACGGGGCUGGGAGUUCUGUUCCACUUGAGCGGAGAAUUUAAUCGAGCAAUAGAUGCAUUUAAUGCUGCAUUAACUGUUCGGCCAGAGGACUAUUCUUUAUGGAACCGUCUGGGGGCGACCUUGGCGAACGGAGACCGCAGCGAGGAAGCGGUGGAGGCUUAUACGCGCGCGCUGGAGAUUCAGCCCGGCUUCAUCAGAUCCAGAUACAACCUGGGAAUCAGCUGCAUCAACCUGGGCGCCUACAGAGAAGCGGUCAGCAAUUUUCUCACUGCCCUCAGUUUGCAAAGAAAGAGCAGGAAUCAGCAGCAAGUUCCUCACCCUGCUAUCUCUGGGAAUAUCUGGGCUGCCCUCAGAAUCGCACUGUCCCUGAUGGACCAACCGGAACUCUUCCAGGCGGCUAAUCUUGGUGAUCUGGAUGUCCUCCUAAGGGCUUUCAACUUAGAUCCUUGAAGGAAAGGGGGAAUAAUAAUAAUCCUUCUCCUGUGUAACUGUACUGAGAAAUGCAGAACUAUUUUAUUAUGAAUUUUAAAAGGAUAAUCCAGAUGUUCAAAAGGCCAGGAUGAUAGAACCCAAGGUAAUUCUUAACACAAUGCCUAGUUCAGAUCCAAAAGCACAAAAUGUUGUAUAUACAGUCAAGAUGGGGCUCGAAAGGAGCGAAAGACUCAAGACAAACCAAGAUAAAGUGACUAUGAAUACUCUUUCCACAAGCUGCAAGCAUAUUGCAAAGUGGGGUUUUUGUCCCCUUUUGCAGCUGAUGACACACCUAAGGAACUUGCUUAUGGGACAGCUGGAAAAAGCACUGCCUCAGAUCAGGGAAUUCUGACUGUUUCUGAACUGUCAUCUGAAAUUCACCUUUUGCAAGAUUGAAUAUAGUUUGAGCCAAGGUGCAUGCACAUAUAUUAACUCUUGACUAAAGAGAGGCAUUGCUUAAACCUGUUCCAAUUUUAACUUUUACUGUAGCCCUUUGAUUCCAGAGAGGGAGCUUUGCUGGCAAAAGCAGUUUUUGCACUAGAAAUUUUUGCUGUUCCCAAUCAGAACUUUUCUGGGACUGUAUAUAUGCACUUUAAUAUCUUAUUUAUGCCUUGCUGGAGUUUUGUUUUGUUGCUCCAAUUUUUAACUGGGGGUGAAAGAUUUGCGAACUCAGCCUUGUUAGAUCAAUGGACCAAAUAAAAAUUCCUGAAAAUAGUUUUUCAUAGUGUAGGGUUUUGCUGGAAUGUUUUUCUUAAAACAGAUACGACAUAGGCUAUAAAUAUGUCAGACACAGGUCUUGUCCACAUGUUUUCUGGAACUGUAUGAAUUUAAAUGAGAGUUGAGAUAUUGUCUCUUCAUGCAGUCUUUACAGGGAGAAAGUCUGAUGACUUCAUGAUUUCUACUGAGUUGAUAUUAACAUGCCUAGAUACCAUCCUCUCCUCGCUUUCUAACUGUCCUGCACACCAAAUAUUCCUUUUAAACCAUUAGUAUUUCAAAUAAUAUUUCUUGAGAGUGAUAAAUGUAUAUUUCCUAAAAAUUAUGUUUUCUUAUUUCCAUAACAACAACACUAUUCACUCUUCUGCAUCCUAACUGAUAGAUCUGUCUUCUAGCUGGAUUUCACUGAAUGCCAGUGGUUUAAUAUGAACUAUGCCUGUCCCUUUGGCUCUCAUUUUGAACAUUUAUCAAGUAUCAAGAGUUUCCUAUUGCCCAUGAAGUUGUAUUUAAUUGGUUUGUUCCAUUUAGUUUUUCAGUGUUUUGUGCCUGUCAGGGGGGCUAGGUGAUUAUUUUGAAAGAUCAUUUUUAAAAAGCUGCAAAAAUUGUUUGCAAAAUACCAACCACAUGAUAAUUUCACCAACAUCCAACUCUAACCAUUUGUCAUUUUGACUCCUGCCUUCCUCCAGAAUCUCCCCCACAAUAAUCUUAUCCCAAUGUUUCUUCAUUUUCUUUGGCUAGCAAUAGGUGAUUGUAGUUACCAUACAAAACAGUAGUUAGGUAAAGUCUGGAAGCUAACUUCUAUUGGGGAGGGGGAGGAGAGGUGGAGUUGGCAUAUACACUGAGAACUGAAACACUGAGUGCAGGUAAAAAUCCUCUUCUUUUUUAUGUUGAGGUCCCUGGGGUAAGAAGGAACCUUGAGGCUUCUAUGUAUUAUAACUUAUUCUAGUUUAUAAAGACAGAACUGAGGGCACUGUGGUGGUACCAGCCUUUGAUGGCCAUCGACAGAGUUCUCCUGAAUGAGGUGGUACCUCCUGCUAGGCACAAGGGACUGAGGCCUUAAGGCAUUCACCAUUGGACAGGAGUAAAAAUCCAGUGUUGGCCCACUUUCUUGAAGUAUCAGAAACAAAGUAAAAUUCGACAAUAUUUUCAUAACGUUUUUCUCCAGAAUUUUAGAAUUCUAGAAACUCAGUGUAGAAAAGAGUCUUAGACCUCCCUUCUACCCAUGGCAGCUGCCUGUUUGAAUAUUUCUGGAAGCAUAAUAUCCAUUCUCUAUGUGGUCGUUCUUUCCCCAAAUCCGUGAAUAUGCACUGGCUGGUUGGCUGACCUGAAUCUUAGUCCAUUAGAAGUCUUUGAACAAAGAAUUCAAAGCAAAGUUUAUGUGUUUAUGAUGCCAUCUUUCACUUUCAACAGUAACUGAAUUUCCAGUACUGCUGAUAUUCUGUUUUCUUAGCCUUGCCAGCACUAGAUACAUGAGUUCUGUAACAACUGAAAGUCUGUUAGUUGAGUAAAUGCAGAAGACUUCAAGUAUUGCUAAGUGGUAGCAAAUUUUGAGUUCAACAUUUUAUUUGGAUAUAAAGUAACUUGAAACACUAGGGGAUUGUUUUUGGUGAGAGUAGACAAUUUCCAUUCCCAUUAUAAUUUGAUAAUUCACAGAAUAUUUGAUAAUAUCUAAUGGAUGUAGUGCCCAUCAGAACCAAGGUUUUAAUGGGCUAUUCCCUGUUGAGAAGGGCAGAAUUAUUGACCAAUACAUUUCUCAAAAAUAUUUUUAACAAAAUUAAAAGUUACUAAAAAGCAACUGAAAAUUUAUAGGAAUAAGAGCACCACCAAAAGAUAAUAGCGAGUCUUUAUACUACUCCUAAUUUAGUCAUCUGCUUGACAAGGGUAUAAACAUUUUUUCAAUCAGAGAUGGCUUUGACAUCUUAUCCUCAUGAUGUGAAAUUGUCACUUAAAUUACUCUAUUUGAAAAGGUUGGUUGUCCUUGGUUCCCUUCUGAGGCACUCUGGAGAGAUUUUGAGUAACUUUUUUUCUUGUAUUAGUGGGUAAUAGCCUAAGGUAUCUUAGAGAAUAGUAGCAUCUUAUAGAACAGUGAUUCAGUUGCUUUAAAUGUGAUUUUGAGGAUGGACUUGGCAGAUAAAAAUGCAGAGAAAGUCAGUUAUCAUUGCUAAAUUUCAAAAAUCUAUUAUGUCUACUGGGCUACAUCUAUGAACUGCUGUACCUUACCAGUGAAGAGUGGGGGGUAGGGAAGAGAAGGAGAGAGAGGAAGCAUCUCUUACUGGAUCAAUCAUAUUGAUUCAUCAUUCCGUUCUCCCAAGAUCACACUCCCCAUGACUCUGGAGAGAAAGGCAGAUCUUGACCAUCGAGAAACCAUAACAGAAAACUAUGAACUGUGCUUUCUCAGCCAAUUUGCCUUCCAACUAAAACAGAAAAUUAGUGAUAUGUCACUGGGUUGGGAUGUCCAGAAUACACUUUCAGAGUUUUAUGCCACUUUCCUCAUUAUUUUCAUUAAAGAGAAUGAUUAUGUUGAAUCUUGGGUCCAUGUCUAGUUUAACUAGGUAAGCCUUGCUAAUACACUCUGGAUGUACAAGCAAGACUUAAUCAUAGUUGUAGCUAGUUCCAUGUUUAACAGGAGUCCCAAGUCCCUGUACCAUAACUUUGUCUGUGAACCUUAGGAAUACAGACAGAAUAAGACGGUCAUUUUUGUCCUACCCAUUUUGCCCCUGAAUCAAUUCCACAAGACUGGACUGGACUUUAAGUUAGUGGUUGCUGCUGUUAUGGUAUACCUUGAAUGGAUUCUGAAUGAAUUCUAAAAACAGGGUAAUCUGAAAGGUUAGUUGGGGUGCCAUCUUUGGGGAAUUAUUUUUAGAAAUUUUAGAAAUUGUUACGCAUGCACACACAUGAUUUCAACUUUGUAAAAUAUUAUAAUUUGCAACUCAUUCAUUCCUUCUUGGGAUUUUACUGCAGUUUCCCUAUCAUCUCAGUAUUUCUAGAACUGGUUGAAAUUAAACUGUUUUGAACUAAGAAGUAGAUAUAUAUAUAUUUUUAAAGAGUGUUCAUAGAUGAACUCUGGCAUAAGGUUUGUAAAAAAGGCAAUUUUUUAAAAGUAAAAUAUAUAACCUCAGGUACAAAAAUAUCGCAUGCAUUAGUACUUGCAAAUCUGCCUAUUCAAAUAUAACCAAAGCAUGCAAGAUAACUUUACUGAAUGUAAAUUUACCCAGUGCAUGAUUUAGACUCAUAGAUUAGCUUAUUUUUCCUUGCUCCUGAACAAGGAAGCAUUUUCAUGAACUUUGUGUUAGUUUUUUUGUUUGCUUUUAAUAUCCCAUCCUUGAGGUUGUUUCCAUGCUAUCACACUGAACUUUACAGGUAUUUACAUGUCUGCUGUAUGCAAUGGUGCGGCCAGUGCCAAACUAAUCUUCUGAGGAAUCCAGGUAUUUAGACAUCCAAAAGAUUUCUAAAAACCAGUUGAGGCCACAACAGAGCCAAAACUGAAAUAAAACCUCUGUGUCUGAAUGCUACUAAACAAAAUCAUGUUGCUUGCCUCAGCUCAGUUUGAAGUUCUGAAUUCUGAAUCAUGCAUUUCAAUUUUCUUCUAAAUUAAGAAUAAAUUUGAAAUACUGACAUAGUAAACAAAGGGUGAGGGUGAGGCUUGGGUAGCACCAGACACAUGAAAGCCAUCAUAGGCUAAAUGGACGUGGAGCCCCCAUUUCCACAAAUGUCACCUGGCGGGUGUGUGGCCUGUCACAGCAUCAUCCCCAUGUAGCCUUAUCUGUAUGACAGUUGAGCCCCUUGGGCCCCUGUCCCCUGAGAAACUGAGCUUGGUUGUUAUGGCUAAAAACCUGAAAUUCAGUGGCGAUGAGAUGAUUUCACGGUCACUCAGAACCAACUUGGAAAUCUUCCCACUGCCUUUUACUGAAACCCCAGUAAAGUUAAAUUUAACUUUAUGGGAAAGUAAUGACAAGGAGAUCAGGAAUUGGGAGAAAAAAGUGUCAUAAUACAAAGCAGAGGUCUUAUGUUAGCAACAGUAGGGAGAAAAAAAGUGUCAUAAUACAAAGGUCUUAUGUUAGCAACAGUAGUCACCACCUUCAUAAAUCCCACACACACACAUACAAACUCAAAGACAAGAGUUUCCCAAACACACAGCAAAGAUUGUUGUGUGGAGACAUAAGACAGUCAAGAGGGGGGAAAACCCAGGACAUUUAAGUGUGAGUUUUAACAAAACUCAUGUGAUAGUUUGACUUGAAUAAAGUUUCCACUACCUGCAACCUCUGCAGAAAUACCAAAAUAACACUCGAGAAACAAGUGCCCCAGUCUCAGAGCUGUUUUCUCAGGACCUUCGCUGCAAGAGAAAAUUCACCUGCAAUGUUGCUGUGUUACAGCCAACCCCUGACAGACUCAGAAUGAAGCAGGUCCUUGCUCAAUAACAAAAUGUGUGUACUUUUUUCUUAAAAUUUCUUGGAGAGGGAAAUGGUAUGACACAGGAAGGACUGAGGGCUGUACAGCUAAGUAGUUUGGCAUUUUCCCUGCGACAGAUACAGCUUUU